AUGUCGCAAAUUGACCAACACAGGAGCACGUCUACGACGGCGUUUGGUGGAGUCCGAACUUCAACCAGAUUUUUGCCGGUUACAUUCGAAAACGAUGAGCCUAAAUACGAGGCAUCAUCCCCAACCCACCAGAGUUUCCACACCCUCCGUCGGCAAUGUCUCGCCCAGCUUACCCUCUUCGAAGAUCCCGACUUUCCCGCGACGGACGCGUCCAUUGCAAUGAGCAAAAUUUCAACCGUCCGAUGGCGACGCCCUGCAGAAAUUACGCCCUCAGCCAGGUUCUUUGUCGAUGGUGCAAGCCGACUAGACAUCUGCCAGGGAGCACUUAACGAUUGCUGGCUGUUAACGGCCGCGACCAACCUAACAUCCCACCCGUGGCUGUUCAAGCGCGUCCUUCCAGAGGACAACGAGCUGACGGGUGAUCGGUACGCGGGGAUUUGCCACUUCCGGUUCUGGGAGUUCGGCCAGUGGGUCGAUGUGGUGAUUGACGAUCGACUUCCGACGGAUGCCGCGGGGAAACUUCUGUUCGGAAGAUCCGCGAAUGAGGACGAAUUCUGGAGUGCUCUGUUGGAGAAGGCUUACGCCAAGUUCUACGGAUCGUACGGGGCGCUGGACGGUGGGACAGCACGUGAGGCUAUGCAGGAUCUCACCGGGGGAUUGACCGAGUUUUACCAACCCAAAAAGAUGACCGACAGGGUGGAACACCUUUGGGACGUUUUGUGCGGUGGGUUCGAACAGGGUUCGUUAUUCGCGUGCAAUCUCAAGAGUGAUCCAACAGGGCAGAACGUGUCCACGAAAGACGGGCUGCUGCGAGGACAUUCAUACUCCAUCACCAAGGUGCACACCGUGCCAGGAAUGCAGCAGGACGGUGCCCACGUUCGAUUGCUACGCAUCCGCAAUCCUUGGGGCACCGGUGUCGAGUGGAAUGGCCGGUGGAGUGAUAAGUCCCGUGAGUGGAAAGCCCUCCAUUCGGCGGAUCGAAAGCGCAUCGGACUUACGAUCGAAAACGACGGUGAGUUUUGGAUAGAGUUGAGCGAUUUCAUGGCACACUUCGAUCGGUUGGAAGUUUGUCAUCUCUCACCGGACAUGCACAGUGUUGAGGACGAAACGGCCACGCCAACUCCAAACCGGUACCGUUGGGAAGUGAGUGCACUGGAUGGUCAGUGGAUCAGCGAUACUACAGCGGGAGGAAACGUUUCGUACUUGGACACGUUCCCUCUGAACCCGCAGUACACGAUCCAUGUGCAGGAAGGAACUAGCGGCUCGGGUGCCGUCAUUGCCCUGAUGCAGAAGUACCGCCGGGUGGACGCAUUGCCAAGUCUCACGAUCGGGUUCCUCGUGUACCGUGUGACGCGUGAGGAUCUCCGACAGAAACCGGUCCCGAAAGAGUUUUUCCAGCAGCAUGAUCACGCGAUCGUUGGUGGGUCUAUUUUCAUCAAUGCACGUGAGAUCAGCUGCAGGUUGACGCUCGAUCCUGGCUUGUACUUGAUCAUACCGUCUACGUUUGAACCACGUGAGGAAGGCGAGUACUUGCUGAGGAUCUUCACAGCACGUGGCAACACCUUGUGCGAAAAUGAUGCAAUUUUGUGCUUCGGCACACUCGAUGAUCGACUCACUGAGCAGUGUCAGGGUCAGUUCUACGAAACCCCACGCUGGGCGUUGCUCGCGAACACUUUCUACAACCAUGCCGGUCCGACGGAACUGAUAGACUUCAUCCAGCUCCAGGACAUCCUGUGGCAGCAGUUCUUUGAUCAACGUAAAAUCGCCACCAGCAGUGAGCGAUCGGGACCGAAAGAUAAGCGUACAGCUGGAUCUUCGUCUCUACGGAAGUUCUACUCGUGUCUGCUUCAAUUGUGCGCCUGCUUCUGGAUGCGAUCGGUCACACGGAAGGAUCAUCGAGAGGAACGAACCCUGCGAGGAAGUGAAUCACGCCAAAACGAGCUGGAACGGAUCGUGCUGCUCGUGACGAGCCGCAUUGCCGACGGAAAGGACACUCUAGGAUAUGAGCAGUUCCGCACCAUCGCUCGUGAUGUCUACCAGUGGGAAACGGUGUUCCGAUUGUACGACACCGACGGUAGUGGCACGCUAGAUCGCCGUGAACUUCGACAGGCUCUUCGAUCGUCCGGUUUUAACAUCAACAAUCGGAUAUUGUGUAAGCUGCACCGGUUGGUGGUAGAGCUAAACCAGCCGCAGAUUGAACUAAUAGAUUAUGUGCUCUGUGCGGCUGAGUGCCGCCAUGCGAUAGACGUCUUGCAUAAGGAAGCCUAGACAAGGUUUGCUGUCUAAUGCGACCAGAUACCGAUCGGGCAACAUUAUGUACGGCAUUCUAUGUUGCUCUUAUACGAUUAGUAUUGGCAAAUAAAUCGAACAUAGCAAU